AUGGAAAGCAUAUAUGUGAUCAAUCCUCUUGGUGGAGUUCGUUUGUAUAUACAGUAUUUAUUUGAUCCAACUGCAGACGCAGCUGCAGGAUUUAGUUUGGAGAUGGCCUUACCUCAACAUGCUUUUAUGUUCCAACAACGUCAUGAAGACAAUAGCCAUGAUCAACUCCCUUCUUGUCCUCCUCCUCAUCUCUUCAAUGGAGGAGGAAACUACAUGAUGAACAGAUCUAUGUCGUUAAUGAACGUGCAAGAGGAUCAUCAUCAAUCAGUUGAUCAUGAGGAGAAUUUAUCAGACGAUGGGGCACAUAUGAUGCUUGGGGAGAAGAAGAAGAGGCUACAAUUAGAGCAAGUUAAGGUAUUAGAGAAGAGCUUUGAGCUAGGGAAUAAGCUGGAGCCAGAGAGGAAGAUACAAUUAGCUAAAGCAUUGGGGAUGCAACUGAGGCAGAUAGCGAUCUGGUUCCAAAACAGGAGAGCUAGGUGGAAGACUAGACAACUCGAGAGAGACUAUGAUUCACUCAAGAAACAGUUUGAGUCCCUUAAAUCCGACAAUGAUUCUCUUCUUGCCCACAACAAGAAACUUCUUGCUGAGGUAAUGUCAUUAAAGAACAAUGAUUGUAAUGAAGGAAGCAUAAUAAAGAGAGAAGCAGAAGCUUCAUGGAGCAAUAAUGGAAGCAUUGAGAAUAGCUCAGACAUAAAUCUAGAGAUACCCAGAGAGACCACUACAACACCUGUGAGCACGAUCAAAGACCUUUUCCCUUCAUCGAUUCGGGCAUCUACACAUCAUCGUCAGAAUCAUGAAAUGGUUCAAGAAGAGAGCCUUUGUAACAUGUUUAAUGGCAUUGAGGAAACUACGACGGAUGGUUACUGGGCAUGGUCUGAUCCAAACCACAACAACCACCGCCAAUUCAAUUGAUUAAUGAUUUUAUAGCUCGAAUGGAUCACCACCAUCAUGGCAUUAUCAUCACCACCAUCGUCAGCAUCAUGAGAUGAGACACUUCAUCUCUUAUUUGCAUUUGACUAUUUGAAAUUAUAUAUUAUUACUCUUUUAAAUUUAAAUUGUGAUUUAUUUGGUUUCUUUGGAUUUGUAGAGCAUUUGUGUAUAGUGGGAAAAAUUGUUGUUUAAUCGAAUAAAUUUAAUCUUUACUUUUAUGAGCAAGUUAUAUAUAUGGAUCAUGAGUUUACAAGCUAAUCGUAAGAUCAUCUUAUACUUCUUUGCUAGUGACUGAAAAAUUGGACAAAAAGAGAAGCAUAGCAUUGCCAUUUAGCAAAAAGUUAAUAUGAACACACGCUAAUGUACAGUCUAACCUUCUAUGACUCUGAUCCCAACCUUACCAAGAUUUAUAAAUUACGUUUCUUUCAUUUCCAACAUUUUCCAAAACUAGUCUCUUUUUUUUUGGAACACUUUCCAAAAAUAGUCUAAAUGUGUAUUUUUGUGUGUGGUAUAUAGAAAAACUACUUUCUUUUAUCCGAUCAAAAUUCUCCCUCUAACCAGUUGGGUGGGACUAGAAACCAUGACCUCGUCAAAUUUUAUUAUAAUAAAAUGGAAAUGCCAUAAAACACGAAUCAAGAUCCAUAAUACGAAAACCAAAAUCAGAAUGAGGAAGAAAAAGAUAUCGUGAUGUAAGUUUAUUAUUCCUUGCAUUAUAGGUGUAUCUGCGUUUUGAGAUCCUAAUUGCCAUGUUUCCGCUGCAUCGGAAGGAGAAAUUGU